AUGCCCGAGUCAGUCUCACGUCCCGCCACUGGGUCACAGUAUCAGCUGCUCCCUAGCGCCCCCGCGGAGCGUUCCCAGAUCACCCUUCAAUAUGAAGUCGUCAAAUACUACCCUAUAUCCCAGCUUCUCAGCACGUCAACCCCUCAUCCCUCAUUCCCCAUGACGCAUCAUCAUAAAACCACCAUCAACCAGAUCAUCGAUGCCUUGUCGGCUCAUACGGCAGAGGACAGCGUCAGCUUUGUCCUCCCUACCCUGAGCCACAUUCAGAGAAAGGAUAUAUUGGAGAUGGAGGAUAUCAGGAGCAUCCAUAGUGUUUUGGGGCGCUUGGACGAUUCUCUGCGGUACUUCGAAAACGAGGAAGGUGGAGACCAAGACAAGGUAGACCUGUUCGAUAUGGUGCAAGGGCUCAGUCGGGAUUUGCUUGGUGGCGUCCCUAACCCUCGUCUGACUUCAAUGGUCUAUAUCUAUUACAACGUAACCCCUCACCAAACCACCCCAACCGGUCUUGGCGCGAGCAUUGCGAACGAUGGUCCUCUACCGGACAUACAUCAGGCCAUCCAAAGCCACAUCAUCACCAUCCAAUCGAUCAUCAGCUCGUUCAAAGGCCACGACUUGUCUACUUCUCCCGAAGCACCCACAACCUCUCCCCCCAUCUCGAUCCCCAUGACAUACAAUUUCCGAUUCAAUUGUCAGCAAAUCAUCAGCCGCUUUUCAGAUCACUCUGACGCUGCCGGCGCCAGGUAUGAUGUUCCCAUUUUCGACUCCAUUCAGCAAAAGGAUGUCUUGAGUUUGGAGGAUGUUGGCGAACUCCAUGGGGUUCUGAGUCGUUUGCGGAGUGAGUUUUGCGACUACAGUGCAAUGCCGGAUGAGGAGACAAAGACAAAGGCCAUGAUAUGGGGAAGGACAAUGCAAGACCUCGAGGCGCCGCUGAAUAAAGGGCAUACUUUCUCCUUGAAAGUGUCUUUGAAAACCCUGAACUCUCUUGCGACUCUUCUCAGCCACCCCACCCUUCUUCCUAUCCUCCAAGCCGCCGCCGCCCGUCGCUCUCAUCUCUUCCCUAAGGCCAACUUUGAGACUGGCCUAGACAACGAGCCAAGCUGGUCUGACCAUGGCUGGGAGACCGGUAAGAGAAGAAUCCGAGAUGACCUUUUGCCGAACGUGCUCACGGCUCUACAUACCAACAUGAAAGUCAUCCAAGCCAUCCUCAGCUCCUCACAAAAGUACGACUUGGCCUUGUAUUCGAAGACAUCCUCCACUCCACCCCAAAUCCCCAUGACAUACGACUUUCAAAACACUCUUCAAUACAUCAUCAGCCUGUUCGCGGCCCACUCCGACGCUGCCAGCAUCAAAUUUGCCAUUCCUAUCUUGAAAGCUGUUCAGACCAAGGAUAUGCUCGAUAUGGAAGAUGUCGGGCAAUUGCACCAGGCUUUAGGGCGUCUGGAGAGCGAAUAUGAGGCUUUCCAUGUGGCGGACUGGUGGCCCAAAGACGCCUUCAUUGACGACUUCCAUUUCAACGACGGCGAGGGUCCGGAUGAGGUGCUCUCGCGAUUGAUGGAGAGACUGGCACAGGACAAUCUCGGGCAUCUGAUUACUCUCCAUCUCCCGCCAAGUGGAUGUACAGUGGCGGAAGAGCUGUCUCGAUUACGCUCGCAGUGA